GUGCUCUUCCGGAGGGCCGGUUGGAGGGUGAUAUUGAUGGUGAGGAGGCGCACGUGGCAACAGAGGAGAUUGUGCGGGACAUGUCUUUGUGCCUGCAAGCGGAGCCAGGAGUUGAAGGGGGAGCGAUUUCUCUGGCUGGUUGGUUGAAGGAUAAAAGUGAGGACAUGCUGGAGAUCAUCUGGGAGCUGGAGGAGUGGCCGGAUCCCCGGCUCGAAGUCUGCAUCGAUUGGAGGAGGGCAGAUGGCAUCAUGUUUGUCUGCAAAACCCUCUUCAAUGAGGGUCGCGAUCUGUGUGCUAUUCUGGAGGACCGGUUGGAGGGUGAUAUUGAUGGUGAGGAGGCGCACGUGGCAACAAAGGAGAUUGUGCAGGACAUGUCUUUGUGGCUGCAAGCGGAGCCAGAGGUCGAAGGGGGAGCGAUUUCUCUGGCUGGUUGGCUGAAGGAUAAAAGUGAGGACAUGCUAGAGAUCAUUUGGGAGCUGGAGGAGGGGCCGGAUCCCCGGCUCGACGUCUGCAUCGAUUGGAGGAGGGCAAAUGGCAUCAUGUCUGUCUGCAAAACCCUCUUUAAUGAGGGUCGUGAUCUGUGUGCUCUUCUGGAGGACCGGAUGGAGGGUGAUAUUGAUGGUGAGGAGGCGCACGUGGCAACAGAGGACCAUCAAGCCGAGCACCUUCCAUCUCAUAGGUGCACCUACGAACCCAUAGAGCCCAGAUCACCGCUCGUCUCGAGAUCUUAAAUAAAUUCAGAGUAAAGGUAUCCUCCAUCG